AUGAAAGAUCCUCCCUUCAAGAUAAAGAAUAAUUGCAUUAAAAAGGAGCAAAAUACUUAAAAUAAAUACCAAUCUUAAAGGCUGGAAUACACACUUUUGUAGUAAAUGUAGAAAACUAUUAUAACUCCUGCUGAUAUAGGUAUAAUUACAGAAAAAAUUAGCUGA